CCAUCAAUUCGUAUUUAUGGAUUUUCUUUUCCAAUCUUCUUUUUCAUUCGUCUGUCGUCCUUAUUUUCAUUUUCCCAUUUGCAUACUCCUGAAAUUCCCAACUCGGUUCUCCAUGACAUGUAAUAGGUUUGACGCAAAUCGCCAAAGCGCUGAGACUGAGAGUGUACAGAGUGACCAUAGAAGAGAUUCUAGUUUGUAAUGGCACAGUCAGGUAGAAAAACUGAAAGGCUUUGCAUAAACUGGGAACGAGCAUUUGAUCUUUAUUUAAACGCAAUCGCAUGUGACAAUGAGGUUUUAUGGGUCCAAGCUACAAGUAAGCUUGCCAAAUUGUCAAAACACGCGCCUGAGGAUCUAUUAGCACGCACUGUUCCGAUCCUUGUAGAGCUUCUUAGAAGAAUCCCUUCCACUGAUCUGAGUCCUUCAAUUCAGGAAACUGCUGCUCAGUGCUUGAAAAGUGUUGCUUGUCAAGGGGAAGGGAGAUUGGCUGUACUUAUUGGUGAAUCAGGUGCCAUCCCUUCUAUUUUGAGUUUAUUAACGCAUUCUGAUGGGAGUUUGCGAAGGGCUUUAUUGAAAUGCCUGAGAAAUAUUGUCACAUUCGCUGCUGAUAAUUGUGUGAUUGUAGCUACACAUGGUGGGCUGCAAAUCAUUCUCAAUUUGUUGAAUACCUGCUCGGAUGAUCUAAAGCGGUACUUGCUAGAAAUUUUGAGUGCAUUGGCUCUUCUGAGAGAGGUUAGGAGGACCAUUUUGAUUUCAGGGGGCAUUGGUUUUCUUGUUGAAUCUGCUAGAUGUGGCAGCAUGGUAUCUAGAUGUAGAGCUGCUCAGGCAAUUGGGUUGCUUGGAUUGGUUAAGAGAGCAAGGCGCACGCUUGUUGACUCGGGCACAUUUUCAGUGCUUUUAGAACUAGUUCAGGUUGGGGAUACUUCCACCAAACUCGUAGCUGCCAAUGCACUUGGUGUGAUCUCAUCUCAUGUUGAUUACAUUAGACCACUUGCUAAUGCUGGAGCAAUUCCUUUGUACGCUGAGCUUCUGCAAGGAACUGAACCCAUGGGUAAGGAGAUUGCUGAGGAUGUAUUUUGCAUUCUAGCAGUGGUAGAGGAGAAUGCUGUAGCUAUUAUUGAACACUUGGUUAGAAUUCUUAGAGGUGACAGUGUCGAAGCUAAAGCUGCAUCUGCUGAUGUACUAUGGGAUCUCGCAGGUUACAAGCAUUUGCCAUCUGUUGUGCGGGAUUCAGGUGCAAUUCCGAUUCUGGUUCAGCUGUUAGUAGACCAAAACAUUGAUGUGAGGGAGAAGGUUUCUGGAGCUAUCGCCCAGUUGAGUUACAGUGAAGCAGAUAGAGCUGCUCUUGCAAAUUCUGGAGCAAUUCCGCGAUUAGUAGAUAUGUUGCAGGACGAGUCAGAGGAAAUGAGAGAUAAUGCAGCAGAAGCUCUUGUCAAUUUCUCAGAGGACCCAUCACUGGGUGAUAGAAUAUCAGAUGUGUUGAAUAGUCCUUCAUUCCAGAAUAUGCAAGAAAGACUGACGCAAAUUCGUGCUUCAGAUGCUCAUUUGGCUGCAUACCUUAGACAUAUGAGCUUUGAGCAAUUAACUAUGGACCCUGCUCUUAUCUGACUCCUGAUUCUGUUACAUAGUUUUUCUUGAAUACUUUCUCUUCACUUGAUUUCAUCAACAAGCACCAAGCUGGCGUGGCCGACCUUCUUCCUCAACAAGCUGGUUAUACCAGCAGCAUCUACUUGUUCUCCUAUUAUCACCACUUCAUC